UGGUAACUUAUGUGAAACUGAAAAGUCUUGUUUUUGGUAAUUUUCUUUUUUCUCAAAAAACUUAAAUAAAAAACUUUAUUCCAUUUUUAGCUUAGAUAUGCAUUUUGGUGGUCCAUGUAGCCUGUAGGCAUGUAGCUUUUGUGCAAGGGUAGAAAUGGAAAUGUGCUUUAGCUUUAAUUCCAAAGUGAAAAUAUAUUCAUUCAUUGCAAACUGAACUAGAGUUGGUGUUCGAUUGAGUGAGUGACCCUUUACCUUCUUCAAUCCUCUCCGCAUAAAACCCUAGAAACUGAACCUUUCUACAUUUUCCCUUCUCAUCAAUGGCUUCAUCUUCUGCUCCACAACCAAAUACAGCUUCAGUUUUAUCUCAACCUUCCUCCUCCCAAACUCUAAUUACUAAUAACAGAUUUAAAAGUAGUUUGAUAGAGUUUGCUCUGAAGUCAAAGAUGAAAGAGCCGGAAUUUCAUUCGCGCAAUGAGGGAGAAAGCCAUGCACCGAAGUAUAGAUCCAGCGUGCUUGUGGAUGGAUUCGUUUUCACCACAGAGCAAACUUUCUUUCGUCGAAAAGAUGCGGAUCAAGAAGUAUCCAGGAUUGCGUUGGAGCAACUUACAAACAAGAUUAUACCGGAAGGAUACUCUCUAGUGGCCAAGAGUGUUACAUUUUGCAAGGCAACACUUAAUGAGUAUGCUGCAAAGCUGCAUAUGACACGACCUACAUACAAUACUGUGGAGUACAAAAGUGUCAUUCCAUAUUUUGUAUGUACUGUGGAUUUCAACGGUACCAGUUAUGUUGGAGAGGCAGCUGGAAGGAAAAGGGAUGCCGAGAAUUUAGCAGCUCGUUCCGCCAUUCUUUCAUUCAUUGGAAACUCGGAGUCGGGAAUGAUCCUUAUUCGGACGAUCAGGGCAAAAGCUGAACUCUUUGGUUCAGCCAUACCCAGGAGCCCAGAGCGACUAUCUGAUCAUUUGAAUGUCUUGCCCGUAAAGGAUACUGCACAGUCCCAUGAGCAUGUUCAUGUGUUGGAUGACAGAGACAAGGACAUUAUUGUUCCUUCGGCUACUGAUAAUAUGAAUCAGAUUGCAGUUGUACGUCCUGAGCCUCGCCCAAAUGUUUCCACAAUUCAACAACCUGAGAUGCCAACACAUGAACCAACCCCGGAAGCCACCGAGUCAACAAAUGAGUUUCAGCAACCUGAUGCUGCACUUCCUAUUGAUAAUGUUAUAAGUGCAAAAAAACGCAAAAGGAACAAUUACAAGGCUAAUAAGAGAGCACGGAUCGCCGCUGCCGCUGCUCAGUUGAAUGGUUUACCUAAUAACCAAGGAGCACCUUGUGCGGCACAGUAACAAUGUUGAAGUGUGAUGAUCUUUUAGGAGUUAAACAAUCUCAAGACCAAUCUCAGCAUCCCCGCUGUGCGGCUGAUUUUUUUUGUAUAAUUUGUUAAAAAUGUAGUGUUAAGUUUGUUUUUCAGUGGCUAUAAGACUUGGUAAUAUUUGAGUUUCAAGUUUCUUUUGAGAAUGCACAGAUUUUACCCUCUUGCACUAGUUAAUGACUUUCUAGUUUUGCUUGUUAAGUGGUGAUUGUGCAACAUAUUUGACAUAUUUGGUUAUUGAAUAUUAGAUUACUUUGUAACAUGUUUAUGUUCAAGUUGUGGCAACUUUAUUGAUA